AUUCAUGGUCUCGUUCGUUUUGUUGGAUACUGCAGAUAGAUAGAUAGAUAGAUGGAAUAGAUAGAUUGAUUGAUAGAAAAAAACAUUUUUUAACUACUGUAAUUGACUCAGUCAGUUGUGUGUGAAUUUUUUCCUGGAUUGCAAACCAAAGACGGAAGUUGAAAAUUUAAGUUGGAGGAAAAACCCUUUCUGUAUCUGUAACAACGAAAGUCACAGCAGAGCGGCAUGUUUCCUUGUUGACGGUUUAACGGGAUCAACGAGGUCGGGCCUCUCUUCGGCAUCCAGAGAAAGGGCUCCCUCCGUCCUUCAGGCUGUAUCAGGUGUCCAGGUUGCACUGAACAGGAGCUGCACUUCCUACGCUGUGACUGAGGAGGAGAAGUGAUGUGUCAAGACGAUAGCUGUUGCAGAGUUUGCAGCAGGGGCUUAUACAGCUGCCACUGGAAGCACUCAAGUAUACCUAAGACAAAACAUGCAUGCUGUUGGUUCUCAGUUGUCACUCUGGUGUCCCUGCUCUCCCUGUGCUGGAUGUACAUCUGCAUGGUUACGUUUAAUGACCAAGAGGAUGUUAACUGGGAGGGCUUCACACGACUGAAACGAUGGGUGAAUUGGUUCAUGGUGAUGAUCAUUAUUUCCGCAGUGCUAACCAGCUACUGUGUUCUGCUGCUGCUCUUUGCAUUGGUCCAAGUGGCCUUAAGGGAGCCGCUCAACUUACACUGGCUACACAAGAUCUUCUUAUUUUUUGGCGUGAUAUUCGUCGCUUUCGGAGUCACAGGAUUUUGCCUCAAGUGGCAGCGAGAAUGGCCGACUGUUCCUCUCUCACUGCAGGCCACAGCUCCUUUCUUGCAGUUCGGUGCUGUUGGAGCGUUGACCCUGCUGAGCUUGUUUGUCUUCCAGGGCUUCGACAUGGCUGAGAAAAAAUGGUCUAAGUUCCUGAUUGCAGGUAUAUUUGUAGUGCUGUCAGCAGCCAUCUUCCUGUGUCCCCUGAGCAUCCAGUCUCCUUGUCUGAUAGAGGCGAAAGAAUUGCCUGAAAAACCAAAGCUCAUUGGUCACCGCGGCGCACCCAUGCUGGCCCCGGAGAACACCAUGAUGUCAUUCAACAGGAGCAUCGCGUGCGGCGUGACGGCCUUUGAGACAGAUGUCCAGCUCAGUAAAGACAGGGUUCCCUUCUUAAUGCAUGACAAUAACGCUGGGUUCUUGCUGAGAACGACAAAUGUUAAAGAGAAGUUUCCCAAUGAAAACUUCAGCCACAGCGCCAACCUGACCUGGAAAGAAUUACAGAGUCUGAAUGCAGGUGAAUGGUUCCUAAAGACAGAUCCUUUCCGUUCAGUGUCCAAGCUCUCAAAAGAGGAGGUGAAAACAGCCAGACAUCAGACCAUUCCCUCCUUGCUUCAGCUCCUCAACCUCGCCAAGCAGCACAACAUCUCAGUGAUCUUUGACCUGUAUAGUAACAACCAGGAAAAUGACACAGUGGACACAGUCAAAACUAUCUUGCAUUCUGGCAUUGACCCAAAGCUGGUCCUCUGGCUUCCUCCAGCAGAAAGGGAAUAUGUAAAUAAGACUGCUCCAGACUUCAUCCAGGUCUAUGACAACGAAAGUGUUAUGCUUAAAGAAGGGGGGAACCACCUGAAUGUGAAAUACAGCACGUUUAGUACAGAAAAUAUCAGUAACAAUUGGCCUAAUAAGAGUGUCACGGUGAACAUGUGGGUGGUUAACGAGCGUUGGCUGUUCUCUCUGCUGUGGUGUGCCGGAGCCAGUUCUGUUACCACCAACUCCUGCCACCUGCUAAAAGACAUGGAGCGGCCCGACGGGGUCAUGGCGCCUCUUACUUACCGAAUAAUAUGGAUUACAGUGGACAUUGCAUCUAUUCUGAUAAUGACUGGACUCUACAUCUUUGAGUGGGACCGAGAGGCAAAGAAACGAAACUGCAGCCUGGAACGAGAAAGAACUGUCUCCCUUCUUAUCCACCGGGUAGUUUGCCCGACUCCAGCAGGACAUUUUUCUGCCACAAAACUAAUAGAUCCUUGUUUGCACCGCCAGAAUGGUUUGGACUUAAACCAGGAAGAAAGCAAGUUAAUGUAAAUAACCACACACUGUAUUCCAAAGCCAUGAAAAUAAGAAUGUUGCUUUUUCAGCGGUUAUAAGAUGUUAACCAAAUAUCGGCACCAUGCUACUGGAUGGCUGUUUUACUUUUUUGUUUCUGUUUAAGUUUAGCUGGUUAACUGGGUAUUAAUCUUUCUUCUGUUGCUACUGAUCGUAUCACUGCAGGAACAAUGUGUAUAUACUGUAACCUGAGUCAAAAGCACUGACUGUUUUCUACACUGUCCUGUGUCUGUGUAUUUUAUCCUUGACUACAUAAAUAUUUGUGUUUCUUUA